AUGGAUUCUGCAUCUGUCUCGUCUACCCAGACGGAAGCUCGGGUCAAGUUCUUUUGCGGCGAUGUCUGUUAUCUCAGAGCCAAGCCCUCUUUGAUAGGGCAUGUCCUCAGAAGCCCUCAUGAUCAUCAAGAGCCUGAGCUGCUGGCCGGCCUUUUCUCUGAUGAUCAUAUCGAUGCUUCAGAAGAGGAUAUCGAUGCCUUCAUGGCUACAUCAACGCCACCCGAAGGACACGUUUUUGUGCUAUUUAUGCAGUCUUCGAAAGGCGGCUCUCUUUUUCAUGAAGAUGACCUCGAACUUGUGGAUCGCGUCCACGGGCUUGGUGAGAUAGUGAAGCGCCAUUCAAGCGCAAAUGAUGCAAAAAGUGGCACGGUUAUUGGUACAACAGCGAAAUGUACACUCGAGCCAAUAAUCUACCGGCCACGCGAUCCUAUAACAGGAGAUUAUCUUCCAGUGAGGUUCACAGAGAAACCUUACGAGGGGUUCGAAAGCUCUUCCACAUCGGAGGAAACUGGCCCUGCCUUGCUAUAUGAUGUCCCUCAAUCAGAGCUGCGGAAGGACGAAGAAUUCUUAGAAGGUGACCAUAUCGUCUACCGUCAAAAGUUAGGUCUCAUCCAGGAAGUUGAACAUGACGUUGUUCUCCUCCUUUCGGACUCUAAAGUUGUGUCCCCUCUCGAUCCAUACGCACUAGAAGUCCCUAUCUCCGACGCUGGAUCUGCCCUCUCAAAAUCAGGCGUGAAGAAGCGUGACUUAGGAAACGGACAGUACGAGUGGACUUCGGAGACAGACUUCACCUAUCCUGGAGAAUCGGUCUUCAUCGAAAGAUCAAAUCUCAGCAAAGCCGAUCGUCCACCUGGAAUUGAAGGGUCAGUAGUUCAGGGUUACGUGCUGGAAACACCAGCGAGGAGCGUCCACAUACACUGGGAAUGUUCCAAUGUGUUUGCUGACGGACCUGAAGACCACGAUCCUACCAAUGAGUCACUGAGAGUAGCUUCCUUGCGGGGAAAUGCCAUCAUAUGCGAUUUCACACAAUCAGCAAGCCAAGACUCUUUGGUAGGGAGGUCUGAAUCUGUGCUUGGUAUUGGUCAACGCGUCCGAUUCCGUGACCCAGCGCUCGCCGAAGUGAAGUAUCCGGGGUUUUGCCGUGUUCCAGCCGAACAAAGCUUUGGGCAUGAUUUGAAUAUAUUUCAAAUAGUCUCGAUCAGAACAGAGGUUAUCGUACGAUGGCAGGACGGAAGUUGUACUACUGAACCUGGCACUGCCCUGCAACCAAGUGACGCAGGCUUAGACGAACUAUAUCCUGGUGACUUAGUUGCCCUGAAAGACAGUGUCAGCAUUGUCGACUCCGGGCACAGACCCAAGAGAACAAUGCCACAUAUCCGCCAUGGGCGGAUGAAUGAGACACUACACAUACAACAACUUGGCAUCGUUCAGACAGUUGACAGCCGAGAGCGGACAGCGUCCGUCCGCUGGUAUCAGGAUACCGAUGUCGAGCUGAUUCAUGGUGGGAAAUCGCUUGACCCUGGUUCUUCCUUGGGUCGAUUGGGUGACGCAGUUACGAACGUGUCCGUCUACGAGCUUGCCACUUUUCCUGCCUUUGAAAAAGACCUGGGUGAACUUGCUAUUGUUGUCCCGACGUCUGUUAGUAAGUCGGUCGUGUCUUCAGCAACGCAUGAUAUGCCUGAAAUGGCUGCAUCCCUCCGCAUGGGCUCUGUUACCCCAGAUCCAUUUUCCGACUUGUCGGCAUAUCUUCAGUCGAUAAAAUCCGCAGUCAUAUCCUCUGACUGGUUUAAGCAUACAACUACAACCCGUGCACCUUCUUUGCGUCGAAGAUAUAGCAUUCACAAGGAUGAUGCUGCACCUUCCAAUGAUUUCUUUGGCAUGAUAGUUGCCAAGGAUUUCAGUGGCAAUGCCACAGUCCGAUUUCCGAGUGCCAACGGCUGUCGUGAUGUCCAGGUCUCUUUCGAGAGAAUUCUGGUGGCCUUUGAGCCCCAUGGGCCGCUGCCUGGCAACGCACCAGCCAAUCUAUUGGGGUCAUUCGAGAAUGAUGAUUCUUUCGCUUCCAACCUUAGCAGUGACUGGAUCACGGAGGAUGAAGGUGACGCCUUAUAUAACCAGUUUAUUCCUAAUCAAGAGAGAGAGCUCAAGGUUGGAGUGAUAGAAAGUGGGAUGGUAACGACGGUUUCGGAAAUACGUCUCGAAAGUUCUUCAACGCCUGAUGAGGGAGAGACUGUUAUCGACAGCACAGGGUCUACAGGGUCCAGCUUACCGCCCAUUCUCCGCUUUCCUUUGCCAUCAUCGUCUCCUCCGGGCUUCGCUGUGCUAGAAGAUCUACCUCCUGCUGAUCAUCACUUCAUAAACAAGGAUAGGUCCGACCCAUCCACGCAGCGAAUGAAGCGCAUUCGUAAAGAAUUUGAGAUUCUCCAGACUUCGCUGCCGCCCGGAAUCUUUGUGCGAUCAUGGGAAUCGAGAAUGGAUCUUGUACGGAUAUUGUUUAUUGGCGCGGAGAGCACACCAUAUGAGCAUGCGACUUAUGUGAUUGACAUGCACUUCCACUCGGAGUUUCCGGUCUCACCUCCCUCGGCACAUUUUCACUUUUGGGCGACGGGACAAGGGUCUAUCAACCCCAAUCUGUCCGAGGAUGGCAGAAUCUGCCUCAGCCUUCUCAAUACCUGGCCGACCCAAGAUCUCGACGAGCGGUGGUCACCAAGAUCCACCAUAUUACAGAUAUUGGUGUCUAUAAUGGGACUUGUCCUUGUUAAAAACCCAUUCUACAACGAAGCCGGAUAUGAGAGCCUCGCUGCCGAGGGUAGCAGAUGCAUUGAAGCGUCUCAAUAUACGGAGAAGGUAUUUCUCAUGACCCGCAGGUUCAUUCUACGUGCUCUCGAACACCCCGUUAGUGGCCUCGAGGAUGUUCUAGCCUGGAACUACGUGCCCGGCUCUACCCGUCCACGCCUGUUAGGCAAAGCCAUCCAGAGGGCGCGGCAAAUGAUUGAGCACCAUGACUGCCCUUCUGAACAAAUUGACCAAGACCCUGCCGCAUCUGCAUUCUGUUCUCGUCUGAGUCUAGGGGGCGUUGUGAUGCUGCAGAAACAUCUCAGCGCACUCGAGAGGCUGGAAAGAGACCUCAUUGAGCGGAUGGGCCCGUAA